AUGAGUUCAUCGCUAUUAAAAGGUGUCUUCAAGAGAGAGUUAGGUGAAGGACGUUAUCGAAGAUUAAAGGAAAAAGAUGAUACUUUCGCUGAUGAAGCAAGCGACAUGUCAUCUCCUCCAGUUACAUCAUCUACAGCAAAUGAACAGAAGUGUAAUGUUACGUCGAAAGAGUCAAAUCCGGAAGCUUAUGUAACUUUUUCGGUACGGAUAUGCUUGAAGGAAGGACAUAAUUUGGUGAUUCGAGAUGCUUCCGGAAGCAGUGAUCCGUACGUCAAAUUUAAAUAUAAAGAUCGGACUUAUUUCAAAAGCUCAACAAUUUACAAGAAUUUAAAUCCAAUUUGGGAUGAAGAAUUUACAUUAUUAAUAGACGAUCCUACUACACCAAUUUAUAUGGACGUAUAUGACUAUGACCGUUGGGCAACCGACGAUUAUAUGGGUGGCGCUAUUAUUGACCUCAGUCAAUUAAGACUUUUUCAAAUGACAAUAAUGAAAUUAAAACUACGAGAAGAAGGAAAUGAUGAAAAUAUGGGUGAAGUUGAUAUCGUUGUCACAAUUUCUCCUUUGACUACCAGUGAAAAAGACGAAUUCUUAAAAAAGGCGACCCGUGGAAUAAUUUGUGAACGACCGAAAAGGACACCUCAAAGAAUGACGCAAGUUUGGUCGUCUGUUGCAAACAUCGUUUUGAUUGAAGGACGAAAUUUAGCUGCGACAAAUGGUUCCGAAAACCACUUUCCAGAUCCUUUUGUAAAAUUUAAACUUGGAAGUGAGAAAUAUAAAAGCAGGCCUGUAAUGCGGAAUAAUUGUCCGAAAUGGUUGGAACAAUUUGAUCUGCAUAUGUUCGAUGAACCAAAACACAUACUUGAAAUGAUGGUUAUUGAUAAGAGAACGAAUUUGAAUAUUGGGAGAUGCAGUUUAGAUUUAGACAAAUUGGAAAAAGAAACUCCGAAUCAAAUGAUUUGUGAACUUGAUCGCGGUACUGGUUCUAUUCUCGUUCUUAUAUCAAUAACAGGUACAUCUUCUACUGAUGCAGUCAUUGAUCUGUCUGAUUUUUCUGGCGAAGACAUAAGGAAUGCAAUCAUCGAAAAAUAUAGUUUGCGAAAAACGUAUGAAUGUUUCCGCGAUAUCGGUUUUCUUAGUGUCAAAGUAUUUCGUGCUCGCAAUUUGGCAUCAGUUGAUGCGAUGAAUAAGAGCAAUCCAUUUGUGGUAGUUGAAUUGGUGAAUGCAUUGUUGCAAACACAUACGGAAUACAAAACGGUUAAUCCGGAAUGGAACAAAAUUUUCACAUUUGCAGUGAAAGAUAUUCAUUCAAUACUUGAAAUAACAAUUUAUGAUGAAGAUCCAAAUAAAAAAGCAGAAUUUUUGGGCAAAAUUGCGAUUCCAUUAUUACAGAUUCAAAAUUGCGAACGAAAAUGGUAUGCUUUGAAAGAUCGGAAAUUGAGAACACCAGUUAAGGGACAAAUAUUGCUGGAAAUGGAUAUCAUCUGGAAUCCGAUUCGUGCAGCAAUCCGUACUUUUACUCCACGAGAACGAAAAUAUAUGCAAAUAGAUCCAAAAUUCAAACGACGUAUUUUUAUGAAUAGUUACGCAAGACUUCGAGGAUUUCUUCUAGUACUGGUGCAAAUUCGAGAUUAUGUGCAGAGUUGCUUUGACUGGGACUCACCAAUGCGUUCCAUAUUUGCAUUCCUUCUAUUUAUAAUAUUCGUGUACUUCUUUCAUAUUCAUCACAUUCCAAUUAUCAUAUUGCUUUUUUUCCUUCGACCCCACAAAAUCAAAUAUUUGGAGCCAAAUAGAAAUGAAAAUAAUAACAAACCAAUUUCGGAAUCAGACGAAGAGAUUGAGAUGAGUGGACAAUCAUCAUCAUCAUCAUCAAUCCGUGAACGCUUCAACACCUUACAAGACACAAUGGCUAAAGUACAGAAUAUGAUGGAUUUUACCGCAUCGUUGUUGGAACGAAUUCGAAACACGUUUAACUUCACGCAACCGUAUCUUUCAACGUUAGCUAUAGUAACACUUUCUAUUGUUACCAUUUUGCUUUAUUUUGUACCACUGAGAUGGAUUAUUAUGAUAUGGGGUAUCAAUAAGUUCACGAAAAAAUUGCGCAAUCCAAAUCUUAUUCCAAAUAAUGAACUUCUCGACUUUCUCUCACGUGUUCCAAGUAACAAUGAAAUUGUAUGA